UGAACUGGCGGCAGGAGCGGCCGGCGGGCGGGAGCGAGCGGCGAUGAGCUGCGGGUCGAUGUCCGGGAUGCCGCCCGCCGUGCUGCCCAAGCCCGCCCACUCCGACUUGUUCCAAGAUGAAGAUGCGUGCAGUGACUACGGCAGUCCCGAUAAACCAGGGACCAUUUUACAAAGAUUUGUUCCAUCCGGGAAUGUGCUUUUUCCGGACAUCUUUCAGACCAAUCAACUUUUGUUCUAUGAGCGGUUCAAAGCCUAUCAGGAUUACAUCCUAGCUGACUGCAAAGCCUCCGAGGUAAGGGAAUUCACAGCUGAAUACUUGGAGAAGGUCCUCGAACCAUCUGGAUGGCAGGCAAUCUGGCGCACUAAUGUGUUCGAGGUGCUAGUUGAGGUCACAAAUGUGGACUUUUCAUCACUGAAGGCAGAGGUGAAACUUAGUGACCCGUAUCUCUGUGAGCCCCGGGUCGGUACUUUCACUUCUGAGUGUAUGAAAGAGCUGUUGGAUCUAAAGGAGCAUCAGUUGCCACUGCAAGAGCUGUGGGUGGUGUUUGAUGAUUCAGGAGAGUUUGAUCAGACAGCGCUUGCAAUAGAGCACGUCAGGUUUUUCUACGAGAAUAUUUGGAGGAGUUGGGAUGAAGAGGAAGAGGAUGAAUAUGACUAUUUUGUUAGAUGCGUCGAACCUCGACUGAGACUGCAUUAUGACAUUCUUGAAGAUCGGGUUCCCUCAGGACUCAUUGUGGACUACCGUAAUCUUCUAUCUCAGUGUGAGGAAGUCUAUAGGAAGUUUCUAAAUCUGAGAAGCAGUUUGGGCAGCGAUUCUGACUCUGAGCUGGAAAACGUCUCCAUGGUAGAAGGAUUGAGGUUAUAUUCUGAGAUCGAACAGCUGAAGCAAAAGCUAAAACUAAUUGAGAACCCCUUGCUGAGAUACGUGUUUGGUUAUCAGAAGCAAACUGGACUCCAAGCAAAAGGAACACGUCCUACGGGCGGAAAGAUCACCCAUGUUGUCUCGACUUCCAUGAUGGUUAGCCUGCUCCGGUCUCUGCUCAGGGAUCGGCUUUAUCAGGAGUCUUGUGAAGAAGAAAUAGAAAUCCAGUUCCAUAGUGAUCCACUGUCAGCUAUAAAUGCCUGCUUUGAAGGAGACACCGUCAUUAUUUGCCCGGGUCAUUAUGUGGUAAAUGGCAUAUUCUCCAUUACUGACUCUAUCGAAUUAGAAGGUUAUGGACUCCCAGAUGAUAUUGUAAUAGAGAAACGGGGGAAAGGAGACAAUUUUGUAGAAUGUACAGGUGCCAGUAUUAAAAUCUCAAAUGUGAAGUUUGUUCAGCAUGAGUCGGUGGAAGGAAUCUUGAGUGUUCACCGUGGCAAAACUACUUUGGAAAACUGUGUGCUACAGUGUGAGACUACAGGAGUUACAGUUCGAACAUCAGCAGAAUUACUAAUGAAGAACUCAGAUUUAUAUGGUGCUAAGGGUGCUGGGGUAGAAAUAUACCCAGGGAGCGUGUGUACCCUGAGUGACAAUGGAAUACAUCACUGCAAGGAAGGAAUCCUAAUUAAGGACUUCUUAAAUGAACAUUAUGAUGUGCCCAAAAUAACCAUGGUGAAUAAUGUCAUCCAUAACAAUGAAGGCUACGGCGUGGUCUUGGUGAAACCUACAAUUUUCUCUGACUUGCAGGAGAGUGCUCAAAAUGGAUCCGAAGAAAAUAAAGCAGCGGCAGUUCUGACAAGUGGCCAGACAGAGGAUGUUGUCAGGGGAGCACAUGAAGAGCUAAGUCUCUACGUCUUUGGUGAAACAGAGCCCUCAACGAGGCCGGACCCCACUGAGCAAGAGGAGGGCAACUCUGAGAUCGUCAACGAACUGGUCGCCGCCUCCAACAAAAAGGGCCAGCUGAAGAAGAAGAGGUUGAGCGAACUGGGGAUCACGGAGGCAGACGAUAACUUAAUGUCCCAGGAGAUGUUCGUUUCUAUUGUGGGGAAUCAGUUCAAGUGGAACGGGAAAGGCAGCUUCGGCACGUUCCUUUUCUGACUGCUCCAGCUUUGAACAUUGCUACGGUAGCCCCAAUUUGCACACGUGACUAUAUUAAUCAUUGCUCUGCUUCAUGCUUUGCAUUUUGACCUUUUUUCCUUGCUCGAAUUGAAAUUCAAUUCAGGAAUAUUUAUAGGCAUUGCACACGAACAUUUUCCUUUUGUAGCAGAGGCGGUUGAACUAAAAUACAUUUUUAACAGCAACAAAAAAAUGGGGUGUUUGCCUACCUGAAAGGGCCUUGCUUUCCUAGUCAUGUACUUCAUUUUAAUUCUCUGUUACAUUUCUAAUGGGUGAUACUUUAAAGUCUGGGCACUGAAAGUAGGGGAGAGAUUAUGAGGGACAUUGCGCCGAAAAGAGUCCCAGCCGGACAUUGGCUAACAUGUUCCUGCGUGGGACCUCUUUACUCCAGUUACAGUGAAUCAGAUUCCCAGACUUAGAACUUGACUUGUCUUUAGAAGAAGAAAAAGCAUAUUAAAAAGUCACUUUUAUAAUUAAGAAACUACCAACUAUUUAAGGUAUUAUUGAGAACUUGAAGUGGGGAGGGAGUGGACAUUUUUAUGCUUGUUUUUGUUGAAAACAUAACACAAGUCUGCAUCAAAACAUAAGGUGGCAUGAAGAACUUCCCCCCUAGGGCUGAAUGUAACUGAUGAAUAAUAUAUUGCUUUUCUUUCACCGUGUUGGUAUUUUGACGGAAUUGCACCUCCAUUUUUUCUCCAAGAAAAGAAUGAAUUUACAUACUUGUACGAUCUACAUUCUCAUGAUAGUCUUAUGGUAAAACCAAACUUUUAAGAAUAAUGCAAAUUAAAAAAAAUGCAUGUAUUAUGUAUUGAUUAAAACUGCAGGAAAAAAUGUUGAACUUGAAUUCUGUGAGGCCUUUAAAACUAUUUACAAGAACUAUGAAGGUGAAAACCCAUCGAUUUAAAAACUGUCAACUCUACUCAUUAGGGGUUAAGAAAAUGUCCUGCGUUUUUUCAUUUCUUGUGCCCUUUCACUUAGUGACCUCUUAGUAGUCUUAGUUCUCUUUUUUAAUGCUCUGAUUCUUUUUUUCUAGUGCCAAAAUGUUUAUGCAUGAUCAUGUGGAUGUUAAAACAUGAUUUUUAUGUUUGUUUCACUGCCAAGUGACUUCUGAAAACAAAUUACUUUGAUUAGGGUAUACUGAUGAAUUGUGUAGCCUUAACAAAAUAAUUUUGAAGUCAGCUAUCAGCACUUUGGAUUUUCAGUAAUCGGUUUCUCAAAGCAACAUCGUAAGUCAAAAUGUUUCAAGUUGGAACCAGUUUUUCACAAUACUGUAAUAAAUAGAGGAUUGAUUCCUGAACCGAAGUUGAACAAU